CAAUGAGUUAUUGCCCUCGUUUGCUCAGGCUUAGUGACGAAAAAAGUCGACAUUUUUUUUAGCAAGAAGGACAGGAAAACAGUGUGACAAUUUUUUCUGCCUCGCAAUCAAACUCUACAAAUUUUCAUAAAAAUACGUUUCAUCAAACUCAACGAAAGAGAAAUGUCGUUGUGACAGAAAAAUAAAAAUAAUGCAUUUCGCUCACGAUAUUGUAGCAAAAUUUACGUCGAUGUUGAAAAAAGACUCCGAAUAUCAAUAUAUUUAAAAAUUCGAUCCACAAAUCGAAUAAAUCAAUAUCCUUCUACGAAUCAUGCAAAAAUUCAUUUGAUUGUAUAACAAAUAAUUAAUUGUUCAACUAGAAAACAAACCAAUAACAAACCAAUAUGAAAGAAUAAUUACGAAAGAAAAAAAAAUCGUUAAAAAAAUCAAUUUCUUUUUGCCCUCAAAUGUUUAAGCGAUAAUUUCAAAAGGUCGCUAUUUGAAAUAGUCUAAAAAAUACCUCUUUGUCCUAUAAGCAUUUCCGUUCGGUCAAAUCCAAAGGAACUUGACCAGUUUUUGAUUUGAUUUUUUUCUUUCGUAUUUAACGACCUUUAUUAGAUUUCAUAAAGCUUCGCUUCUGUCAGUCGAACUAUUGUACGUUGUUUUUGCCCGCGGCAUAAUUCGCUGCCACGGAAAAUUUUAUCUCGAUAUGUAAACGAGAAGUUUCACGGCGAUAUUUCAAGAACUUCACAUUGUCUUUGGAAUACUGUGAGAUCGCUUCAAUAAUCACGAAAGACAGAGAGCACUCGGGGGAUCUCCAGUUACGAUUAUUGCACGAAGAGAUCGCACGAGCGAAGGUAGCCCGAAGGGCGCCGGAAAACAAAGAUUUCGUAUUUAUUUGCGUAUUGAAAAAAGUUAAGAUAAAAUAAUAAUUUCGAUGAUUUCUUCGUCGCCGUAUAUUUUCUUAACGAUUUUCAUAUUAUUCCUUUGAAAAUUCACUCGAACCACGAUACAUUAAAGAAAAGAUAUAAAAGAGCGGAAAGAAGCAUGUCGACGAUCGCGAUUGACAACGAAGAAACGACGAAACUCCGAGACGACGGAGCCGCCGAAGAGAAAAUUCAAAAGAAUAUCAACGACCCACAAAAAUGGCUGAGAAAAUACCUACCCGUCAUUCGCUGGCUGCCACAAUAUUCCAAAUUUUAUGCCAUCUCCGAUCUCAUUGCUGGAAUCACUCUUGGACUGACGAUGAUACCGCAGAGCAUCGCAUAUGCUUCUCUCGCCGGCUUGACAGCACAGUAUGGAUUGUACUCGUCGUUCAUCGGUGGCUUUAUUUACAUUUUUUUCGGUACGAUAAAAGAAGUUUCGAUCGGUUCGACGUCUCUAAUGGCACUAGUGACCAUUUCUUACACGAGAGACAUGCCGAUCGAUUUCGUAAUUCUUCUGACUUUCGUAACCGGGCUCGUUCAACUUAUAAUGGGACUUUUGCAUCUUGGAUUCCUAGUCGAUUUUAUCUCCAUGCCCGUUACCUCCGGUUUUACGUCGGCAACCUCGAUGAUUAUCAUAGUUUCACAGCUCCGUGGACUCUUCGGAUUGAGUUACAAAUCGGGAAACGUCGUUGACACGAUAAUCAAACUUUUCAAACAUAUCGGUGACAUAAGAAUGGCCGAUACUGUUCUUGGCUUCGUUUGCAUUGUGUUUCUGCUCUUCUUCAGAAAAUUGAAGGAUUUCGAUUGUUCGCGUUUCAAAGGAAAUUCGGGCGAUCAUAAAAUCGGAUUAAUAUUGGAAAAAACAUUGUGGUUCUUGUCAAUCGGUAGAAACGCCUUGGUUGUUUUUACAGCUUCGUUGAUAGCCUUUCAUUUACAAAACGAUGUUGGAUCAACGCCUUUCCUCACCGCUGGCAAAGUCCUAUCGGGAUUACCGAAUUUGAGCUUACCAGCCUUUUCGGCUCAAGUCGGAAAUCAGACUUAUACUUUUGUCGACAUGGCUCACCAUUUGGGUUUUGGAAUGAUUGUCGUUCCACUCGUUGGGGUCUUGACUAAUGUUGCGAUUGCCAAAGCUUUCGUCCACGAUGCCCCGGUCGAAGCCAGUCAAGAAAUGUUGACACUGGGAUUGUGCAACUUGGCUGGAUGUUUAAUAUCAUCGAUGCCCACUUGCGGUGCUUUUACCCGCAGUGCAGUUAGCAGCGCGAGUGGAAUUCAAACACCGCUUGCCGGACUUUACUCUGGCACUCUGGCGCUCUUGGCACUGAGUUUUUUAACUCCGUACUUUGGUUUUAUUCCCAAAGCGUCCCUCGCAGCUGUCCUCAUUUGUGCUGUGAUAUUUUUGGUGGAUUUUAAUAUAAUUAAGUUUUUGUGGAGCGGAUCCAAACGAGAUGCUUUUACAGCGAUUAUUACAUUCUUAGUGUGCAUCAUAUUCGACGUGGAAAUUGGUCUCUUCACUGGUACACUGUUGAACGCUCUAUUUCUUUUGUAUUUAUCAGCAAGACCGAAGGUCGAAAUAUUGCACCGGAAAACUAUUUUAGGGGACAAAUAUUUACUGGUUAAACCAGAAAUUGGAUUGUUUUAUCCAGCCAUUGAUUAUCUCAGCACGAAGAUAACGAAAGUUGCGAGUGAAUUUGCAAUUCCUGUUGUAGUGGAUUUUGAGAGACUCCAAGGAAUCGACUACACAGCAGUGAAAGGAAUUGAACGACUUUUGAUUACGUUCGAAGGAAAGGAACAAAAAAUAUUUUUCAUCAAUGUUAGCUCGAAUGUAAAAUUGACAAUUCAGAAAUUGAGCAACAACCGCAAAAAUUUUAUGAGCAUCGACAGUGAAGCUUCGCUUAUCGAUAUUCUGGAAUCUCAACUCACGAAAUGCCCCACAGCUCCAAUGAUUGCUGUGUCGGAUGAAAAAGGCAAGGAGUUUGAAAAAAAACAUGAAACAAUCGAGCUCAAAGGUUUGGAUCCUCUGGAACACGAAUCUCUUCUUCUUGACAAAGACAAAGAUUCUGAAAAUGUUAAAAACACGUCGACAUAACGAUAAAUAAAGUAUUAUAGAGCAACGUUAAUCAUUCUUGAAGUGAAAACAAAUGAGUGAUAAAUAACCUCAAAAAUGAUAGGACAAUCUCAAAACCUGAAAAUAAUUUUUGAACAGGAUUGAACUUUCUUUGUAAUAAAUCGAAGUUUUUUUUA